AUGAAUCAACCCCUAACGUAUUACGCACUUGUCGCAUCGUUACGGGAACGGGGCCUUAUCCCGUCACCCAUUAAUGAUAGAGUCAAAUUCACGGUAUUCGCGAAAGAGUGA